AUGAGCGACCCCCAGAGCAAUGAGGCCGAGAAGAACAUCGAGAUGUGGAAGGUGAAGAAGCUGAUCAAGCGGCUCGAAGCUGCUCGCGGCAACGGAACCAGCAUGAUCUCGCUGAUUAUUCCGCCCAAGGAUCAGGUCUCGCGUAUCUCCAAGAUGUUGGCCGAAGAAUACGGUACCGCCUCGAACAUCAAGUCGCGUGUCAACCGCCAGUCGGUGUUGUCCGCCAUUACCUCGACCCAGCAGCGCCUCAAGCUUUACAACAAGGUCCCGCCCAAUGGUCUUGUCGUGUACUGUGGUGAAAUCUUGACCCAGGAGGGCAAGGAGCGCAAGGUCAACAUUGACUUUGAGCCCUUCAAGCCCAUCAACACCUCGCUGUAUCUCUGCGACAACAAGUUCCACACCGAGGCCCUUGCCGAGCUGCUCGAGUCCGACCAAAAGUUCGGCUUCAUCAUCAUGGACGGUAACGGCGCUCUCUUCGGUACGCUCAGCGGCAACACGCGCGAAAUUGUGCACAAGUUCUCUGUUGAUCUGCCCAAGAAGCACGGACGUGGUGGUCAGUCCGCUCUGCGUUUCGCCCGUCUGCGUGACGAGAAGCGCCACAACUACGUCCGCAAAGUGGCCGAGCUGGCCGUGCAGAACUUCAUCACCAACGACAAGGUCAACGUGGCCGGCCUCAUUCUUGCUGGUUCCGCCGAUUUCAAGAACGACCUCAACGCUUCCGACAUGUUCGACAACCGACUGGCUGUCAAGGUCAUCAAGGUCGUCGACGUGUCGUACGGUGGCGAGAACGGCUUCAACCAGGCCAUUGAGCUGUCGUCGGAGACGCUCGGCAACGUCAAAUUCAUCCAGGAGAAGAAGCUGAUCGGCAAGUACUUUGAGGAGAUCAGCCAGGACACCGGCCGCGUUUGCUACGGUAUCGAGGACACGCUCAAGGCGCUGGAGCUCGGUGCCGUCGAGACGCUGAUUGUGUUCGAGAACCUCGAGAUCACGCGCUGGGUGCUGAAGGACAGCAACGGUGCCGACAUCGUCCUGCACACGACCAAGCAGCAGGAGACUGGCAACCGCGAGAAGUUCCUCGACAAGGUGACCGGCCAGGAGAUGGAGGUCUCGUCGCAGGAGUCGUUCCUCGAGUGGAUCGCCGAGCACUACAAGGAUUUUGGUACCGCGCUGGAGUUUGUGUCGGACCGCUCGACCGAGGGCAACCAGUUCGUCAAGGGCUUUGGUGGCAUUGGCGGUCUGCUGCGCUACAAGGUCAACUUCGAGCAGUUGGCUGAAGUGGAUGACGACGAUGACUACUACGAUGAUUGA